AUGGCACCUACCAAAGCCAAAUCCGCCGUGGCCAAGGCCCCGGCCAAGAAGUCGACCAGCACCAGGAAGCCAUCCAGCAUGACGUAUGAGGACAUGAUCAUCGAGGCUAUCAUCUCGUACGGAGAAGAGGGUCGCGCAGGUCUCGGCCGCCCAACGCUCAAAAAAGUAAUCCUGGCCAAGCAUCCUGACACAGGCAAGCUUCCGCUGUCGUCGUUCAGCACACACUUGAAUAGUGCCAUUGUGCGCGGCAAAGACAAGGGCGUGUUUCUCCUUCCUAAGGGCGUGAGCGGAAAGGUCAAGCUGGCUGCCAAGGCCAAGCACGCAGCGGGCACGUCGGCAGCGCCAAAGAAGAUCACUGCCGCUAAGAAGGCCGCUCCCGCGAGCAGCUCCACGAAAAAAGCCAAGUCGUCGACAAGUAGGGCUGCCUCGGCCAAGAAGACCGCCAUCAAGAAGGCACCAGCCAAGACGACGACCAAGAAGACACCAGCUAAGAAAGCAUCAGCCAAGACAACCACCGCCAAGAAGACACCAGCGAAGAAGGCCCCAGCGAAAAAGGCCCCAGCGAAAAAGGCUGCCACUACGAAGAAGACCACGACCAAGUCUUCUGCCUCAAAGAAAUAA